UAUGAUGGUCGCCAAAUUAAAACCACUUUUAAUCAAAUUGUAUCUUUGUUGCCUCCAAAUGCUGAGGAAGUUGUCAAAUAUUUUGAAAUUAAUUAUGUUCAUGGAAGGGUUCGUCGUCAACUUAGAAAUGGAAAUGAAAUUC